AUGAUAAUUCAACCCAUCACUAUGGAUGAGUUGCUAGGCACACUGAUGUCAUACGAAUCAAAGCAUCUAAAUGAGAAAAACAACUCCAAAGAUAAUAAAGCUAUAGCAUUUAAAGCUAAUAAUGACAAUCCGGGUGAAGAAACAUCAUCAGAAGAUGACGAUGAUGAGGAUAUGACAUUAUUCACCACAAAGUUCAAGAACUUCAUAAGGAGGAAACUACAAAGGAAGAAGACGCCCCAAAUUUUCAGAAGAAAAGAAGCCAUCCAAAAACAAAGAGGAAGCGAAAGUUCUAACUUGAAGUACUUGGACUUGUCUUAUGUCCCCCUUCUCAACCCCAAAAAUUGGUUUAGUCCUAUCAACAUGCUUUCGUCCCUAGAGUUCUUAAAAUUGAGGGGAUGUUAUUUGGAAGAUGCUUCAGGCUCUGUGCAUGUCAAUGUCACUUCUCUUAAAUUCCUUGAUCUAAGUCACAACUCCAUGCAAUCAUCUAUUCCUCCUUGGUUUCAAAACUUGAGCAAACUCGAACAUCUCAAUUUAAGUUUUAAUGAUCUCCAAGGCGUAUUCCCCACUGUCAUCCUUGCAAAUAGUCGGUCGUUUAGAUUCCUUGAUGUCUUUAAAAAUAAGCUGGAAGGUGAAAUUUUGAAGAACAUGAGCAUUUUCUGCAACUUGCAAGUACUAAGCUUGCGUUCUAACAAAUUUAGUGGGAGGAUUUCAAACAGCGGAGACAAUGCUUUGAUUUGUGAACAAAGUAACCUAAAGACUAUUGAUGUUUCCGGCAACAAUUUCAGUGGUCAACUGCCCAAUCAAUUUGGGAAUUUCAAAGAUCUCGAAUUCCUUGAUUUUUCAUGGAACUCGAUAUCAGGCUGUAUUCCCGCUAUUGUGGGCCGGCUAUCAUCUCUGAGAAAGUUGUACCUCUCUUCUAACAAAUUGAGCGGGAACCUUCCAGAAAGUACUGGGCGACUAUUCAAUUUAGAGGAGAUGGACAUCCGUAAUAAUCAAUUGGAGGGAGUUGUUAGCGAACUUCACUUUGCCAAUCUCACCAGCUUGACCGUGUUAUACUUUUAUUCGAACGAGCUUGCUUUAAAUAUUAGCGCAUCUUGGGUUCCUUCUUUCCAACUUCAAAAGAUUCUCAUGUCAAGUUGCAAAGUGGGACCAAGAUUCCCAAACUGGCUUCGAACACAGAGGAACAUUUCGGUACUGGACAUGUCAAAUGCUAGCAUUUCAGAUGAAGUUCCUCAUUGGCUACCUGACGUUUUAUCUAACAUUGAACUGUUGGAUCUGUCGGGCAACAUGCUCAGAGGCAAUAUAUCUCGAAUUAUUGGAAAAAAGAUUCCCUUAUUAAGGCUAGUGUCGCUUUCUAGAAAUAACCUCAGUGGUGGCAUUCCAAAUUCAUUAUGCAUGUCAGAUGAAUUGCAUGUUCUUGAUCUCUCUAAGAACCAACUGUCUGGGAGACUUCCUCGAUGUUGGAGGAAGUCACAAGCAAAUCUGGAAUGGAUUUCAUUGGGAGACAACAAGUUAAAUGGUCAUAUUCCAUACUCUCUAUGCCAUUUGGAGCGAUUAGGAGUUCUAGGCCUACAUGAAAAUGACUUGAAUGGAGUGCCUCCGAAAUGUUUACUAAAGCUGAAUUUGGUAUACCUCGAUCUUAGUAACAAUCAAUUCACUGGUAGAAUACCUUCGUUUGGACGACACUCUCACUCAUUUGAGAUAAUCGAUCUCAAGAGAAAUGACUUCACUGGGGACAUUCCUUUGCAGCUAUGCCAUCUUGAUAAUCUCCGAUAUUUAAGCUUAGCGCAUAACAACCUUUCCGGAGGCAUUCCUCGUUGUUUCAACAACCUCUCGCUAAUGUGGGCCAAUUCCACUUUUACUCCAUAUGGGAGAUUCCCGUUGGGCUUUUCCAUUACGGUUGAUAUGAAAAGAAGAAGCGUAGAAUUCACCACCACACUUCGAUAUUUAUUUUCCAUGGACCUGUCAAGCAACGCAUUAGACGGACUAAUACCGGAAGGGCUGACUUGGCUUGCCCAACUUCGGAAUUUGAAUCUCUCUCACAAUAAGCUCCUUGGAGAAAUCCCUGCAGAUAUCGGGAACUUGAGAAAGUUAGAUUCACUUGAUCUGUCCAAUAACAAGCUAUCGGGUGGAAUCCCUCCUAAUAUAACCAAUUUAGACUCUCUAGGUUGUUUGGAUCUUUCCUUCAACAAUUUAUCUGGUCGCAUUCCAUCAGGCAAUCAUCUAACCACCCUAGACGAUCAAUUUUUUUAUCGCGGCAACGAUGGACUUUGCGGAGCUCCUCUGUUGAGAGUUUGUCCCGGAGAUGAUCAUAAUGACAAGGACGGACGAGGUGGUAACAAUACAAUCGAAGAUGAGUCUAAUGAAGGCGACUCCAUUGUUGUUGGGUUAUACUCGGGAUUGGGACCAGGUUUUACAGUGGGAAUCUUGGGAUUCUGUUGUAUAUUACAUCUCAAGCAAUCUUGGAGGAUUUCCUAUCUUCGGGCGGUGGAUAGGAUUAUUGUAAAACUGUCGAUCCCGAGGAUGAUUACCAUGCUUUGGUUCAAGAGAGCUUUUCAAUUCCGACUACGCAACUAAGAGGUUA